GUGAGCACAUGGUAGCGCAUGGACGUCAAGCGUGAAUUUUGAUCAAUAAUAAUUUUGUUGUACUUUCUUAAUCCGUGAAGGAAUCCAGUUUCAAAGAUGCCAAAAUCGAAGAGAGACAAGAAAAUUUCUCUCACUAAAACCGAUAGAAAGGGUUUAGUAUUGAAGCAGCGGAUCAUGGAAGACGUUAAGAAAUGUGUGGACGAAUACAGACAUAUAUUUCUAAUCUCUGUUCAAAAUACACGCAACACCAAGCUUCUUGAGCUACGUGCCGAAUGGAAAGACAGUAAACUUUUCUUUGGAAAACUCAGAAUAAUUGCGCUAGGCCUAGGGAAAUCAAAGGAAACCGAGAUUGCGGAAGGCAUACAUAAAUUGGCUAACGCAAUGAAGAAUCACUCGAUGAAUGGCCAGUGUGGUCUGUUAUUCACUAACAGACCAAAGAAACAGGUAAUAGAAUGGGCAGAGGAAUACGAAGAACUGGAGUAUGCCCGUUCUGGAUUUGUAACACCUGAAACAGUGGAGUUACCUGAAGGACCUCUGCCACAGUUCCAGCAUAGCAUGGAACCACAGUUGAGACAGUUGGGUAUGCCUACGUCGCUGCAAAAAGGAGUUAUUACUUUGAUUAAACCGUUCAAAGUUUGUCAGAUGGGUGACACCCUGACACCGGAACAGGCACAAAUUUUGAAAUUAUUGGAUAAACCGCUAGCAGUUUUCAAGCUGAUACUUUUGGGAGUGUAUACGAAAAAACAUGGUUUUAAGAAACUUACAGUAACAGAUGACACAAAUGAGAAUGAAGAUGAAGAUAAAGAAGAAAUGGACGUGGAAAACAAUGAUACAUGAAAUUUAUAUAUAUUGUAGUGUUAGAAUAAAAUGAAUAUGUAUAUAUGAUUUUAUA